CUCAUAUGACGCAAUGACGUAGCAAUGAGCACGCCUCCGUCAGCUGAUCAACGAGCCGCUGCGGAAUUAACGCUAUAUUUUCAUAAAAAAACACCGACAGAACGAUCAUGAGACGAUAAAUAUCCGCUCCGUAUCACAGAAAACAUGACAGGAAACAGUCUGGUAUUACCCAUCGUUCUGUGGGGCCGUAAUGCUCCCACUCACUGUAUCUCCAGUCUGCUGGUGAUGGACGAUCUGUCCACCAUCAUCACCGGCUGCCAUGACGGACAGAUCUGCAUCUGGGACAUGACCUCAGAACUGGAGAUUAAUCCUCGCGCUCUGCUGUUCGGUCACAUGGCCUCCGUCACCUGUCUGUCCAAGGCCAGCGCAGGAAGUGACAAGCAAUACCUCGUCAGCGCCUCUGAGAGCGGAGAAAUGUGUUUAUGGGAUGUCAAUGAUGGACGCUGUAUUGAGUUCACAAAGCUGGCCUGUGCACACACCGGUAUACAGUUUUAUCAGUUCACCAUCGGCACACAGAGAGAGGGACGUCUCCUAUGCCACGGACAUUACCCAGAAAUCCUAGUGAUGGACGCUACUAGCCUGGAGGUCCUGUACUCGCUGGUGUCCAAGAUUUCACCUGACUGGAUCAGUUCUAUGGGCAUCAUUCGCUCACUCCGCACGCAAGAGGACACAGUUGUAGCUGUAUCUGUCACUGGUAUUCUGAAAGUGUGGAUCAUCACCGCUGAUGUCAGCAGAAUGCAGGAUCUGGAUCCGGUGUUUGAGGAGGAGUCAAAGCCGAUCUACUGUCAGGGUUGCCAGAGUAUUUCCUUCUGCACUUUCACACAGCUAUCUCUGCUGGUGGUGUGUUCAAAGUACUGGAGGGUGUUUGAUGCUGGUGAUUUCUCUCUUCUGUGUUCGGUUCCGAGUGAGAACAAUCAGUCUUGGGCAGGAGGAGAAUUUAUUGCUGCUGAUAAAGUGAUUAUAUGGACUGAAGAUGGACACAGCUACAUUUACAAACUACCAGCCAGCUGUCUCCCGGCGAGUGAACAUUUCCGCACUAAUGUGGGGAAGACGACGGAAGGUUCCAUUCCUCCUCUUGUGUACAGCAUAGCAGACCGCGCUGAUAAACAGCUUCUGAUUUGUCCACCGGUAACACGGUUCUUUUUUGGUCGGAGGGAGCCGUUCCACAAACUACUGAUUCAGGGAGACUCCGCGGGCAGACUGACGGUGUGGAGCAUUCCGGAAACAUCUCCCUUACAGCCGCUGUCAUCCGCCGCAGAGCUCCAGGUUUCUGUCAGUAUUAGUCUCCAGGAGGCAUUUGAUAAGUUAGCUCCAUCUCCGGCGGGCAUCAUUGACCAGCUGAGUGUUCUGUCCGGCUCUAAUGACCCCAUCAAAGUGACAGCCAGCGUUUACAUCCCAUCUCAGGGGCGACUGGUGUGCGGACGAGAAGAUGGCAGCAUCAUACUGGUUCCUGCUACACAGACGGCCAUCGUUCAGCUAUUGCAGGGAGAACACAUGCUGCGCAGAGGUUGGCCUCCUCAUCGUACCCUGAGAGGUCACAGACAAAAGGUCACGUGUCUGCUGUACCCUCACCAGGUGUCUCCACGCUACGAUCAGCGCUCGCUGGUGUCUGGAGGCGUCGAUUUCUCUGUAAUCAUCUGGGAUAUUUUCACAGGCGAGAUGAAGCAUAUCUUCUGCGUUCACGGAGGAGAAAUCACGCAGCUGAUCAUUCCUCCAGAAAACUGCAGCACUCGUGUUCAGCACUGUGUGUGUUCUGUGGCCAGCGAUCACUCCGUGGGUCUGUUGAGUAUGAGAGAGAGGAAGUGCAUCAUGUUGGCCUCCAGGCAUCUGUUCCCCAUCCAGGUGAUCAAAUGGAGGCCGUGUGAUGAUUAUCUGGUGGUCGGAUGUUCAGAUGGAUCCGUCUACGUGUGGCAGAUGGACACAGGAGCUCUGGACCGGUGUGUGAUGGGCAUCACUGCAGUGGAGAUACUGAAUGCGUGUGAUGAGGUGGUACCCGCGGCGCUGGACUCUCUCAAUCACCCCGCGGUGAAUCUGAAACAGGCCAUGACCCGCCGCAGUCUUGCUGCGCUCAAGAACAUGGCACAACACAAACUCCAGACGCUCGCCACCAACCUGCUGGCUGCAGACAACGCUGACAAAGGAAACCUUCCCAAAUACUCGCAUAACUCGCUGGUUGUCCAGGCAAUGAAGACCAAUGUCACGGAUCCAGACAUGCACGUGUUGUUUUUCGAUGUGGAAGCCGUUAUCAUCCAGUUACUGACGGAAGAAUCUCAGCGCCCAAACCCCACCCUCGUCUCCCCAGAAACACUGCAGAAAGCACCCGGCGGGGCGGAUAAAGGAGGAUCCUUCCUGGCCAAUAAGAUCUUCAAACAGGUGAAAGAGACCAUUAAAGAGAACAUCAAAGAGCACCUUCUGGAUGAAGAUGAAGAUGAGGAAGAGGAGCUGCGUCGUCGUGAGGAGAAGUCAAAGUCUUUGAGUUUGCUGGAGUAUAAUCUCACCAUGGACACGGCCAAACUCUUCAUGUCCUGCCUGCACGCCUGGGGCCUGAACGGAGAACUCGACGACAUGUGUUUGAACCGACUGGGCAUGCUCAGACCGCACACGCCCAUCUCCUUCGGUCUGAUCUCUCGGGGCGGUCACAUGUCCCUGAUGCUGCCCACGUUCAAAGACUCGCUGCUCAGGCAGCUAGCACAGGGAUCUGCGGAGGGCCGCAAAUUCUCCGUCUCUGAGGUUGUGGGCAAGGGCACGUACGGCGUUUCCAGAGCGGUAACCACGCAGCACCUGCUGUCCGUCAUCUCGCUGGCCAACACACUGAUGGGCAUGACCAACGCCACAUUCAUCGGAGAGCACAUGAAGAAAGCACCCGUCAGGCCCCCAAGACCAGGCACCCCCGAGACUGCGAGAAAGAGCAACCCACAGGCCUCCAGCCCGGCCAUGCAGGGACAGAUCAAACAAGCUGCCGUCGCUGCUUCAGGACUGUCUCACUCUCCCUCAGUCAAUGAAGGUUGGAGUCAGCUUGCUGCCAUGCAUUGUGUGAUGUUGCCUGAUCUUCUGGGUUUGGAUAAGUUCAGGCCUCCUCUUUUGGAGAUGUUGGCACGCAGAUGGCAGGACCGCUGCCUGGAGGUUCGAGAGGCAGCCCAGGCCCUUCUGUUAGCAGAACUGCGUCGGAUUGGUCAGUCAGGCAGGAAGGACACUAUCGACUUGUGGGCGCCGUAUAUGCCGCAGUAUGUGGACGCUGUCAGCUCUCCGGGAGCCGCCCCAGAAAAUGCCCAGCCUGCCCCGCCCCCUCCUGAAGCUCCGCCCACUGAGCCCAAAGCUCCAGAGGAAGAGAUGGAUGUGACGGAUGAUGACAUCACAGCAGGUUGUCUGUCUAACCUUCCUCCCAAUGCAAAGAAGAUCUGCAACUCAUAUGAGGAGAGGAGGAAACAGGCGACGGCUAUCGUCCUGCUGGGCGUGAUCGGGGCGGAGUUCGGCGCAGAGAUCGAACCCCCUAAACUACCGUUGCGAGCUCGGACCAGCAGUCAGGCACCAGAGGGUUUCGGUUUGACCACCGGCGGCUCCAACUAUUCACUCGCCCGUCACACCUGUAAGGCAUUGACGUUUCUUCUUCUACAACCUCCAAGUCCCAAACUGCCCCCUCACAGCACCAUCCGUCGUACAGCGAUCGAUCUGAUUGGUCGAGGGUUCACAGUGUGGGAACCAUAUAUGGACGUGUCGGCCGUUCUCAUGGGUCUGCUGGAGCUGUGCGCCGACGCCGAGAAACAACUGUCCAACAUCUCAAUGGGUUUGCCCCUGAGCCCGGCCGCUGAUUCCGCUCGAUCAGCCCGUCACGCCCUCUCCCUGAUCGCCACAGCACGACCGCCCGCCUUCAUCACCACCAUCGCAAGAGAGGUUCACAGACACACAGCGAUGCAGUCACAGGGUUCUCAGUCGCAGCAGAACAUUCACACCACCACACUUGCACGAGCCAAAACUGAGAUCCUGCGAGUCAUCGAAAUUCUCAUCGAGAAAAUGCCGUCUGAUGUGGUGGAUCUGCUGGUGGAGGUGAUGGAUAUCAUCAUGUACUGUAUUGAAGGAUCUCUAGUGAAGAAGAAAGGUCUGUCUGAGUGUUUCCCAGCUAUCUGCAGGUUUUAUAUGGUUGCGUAUUGUGAUCGCAAUUAUCGUAUCGCCGUUGGCGCCCGUCAGGGUUCAGUGGCGCUUUACGAUGUCCGCACUGGAAAAUGCCAGCACAUCCACGGGCAUAAAGGACCUAUAACGGCCGUUUCCUUCGCGCCAGAUGGCCGUUACCUCGCCACCUACUCCAACGCUGAUAGUCACAUCUCAUUCUGGCAGAUGAAUACGUCUCUUUUAGGCAGCAUCGGGAUGUUGAAUUCGGCUCCUCAGCUCCGCUGUAUUAAAACCUAUCAGGUUCCUCCGGUGCAGCCGGCGUCGCCUGGAUCUCAGAACGCUCUCAAACUCGCCCGGCUUAUCUGGACCUCCAACCGCAACGUCAUUCUGAUGGCCCACGACGGCAAGGAGCAUCGCUUCAUGGUCUGAGGGGUCACAGGGUCGGUCAUCAGGGAGUCGUUGUGACCUUUUACCCACCUGCUUCUGAACUGAGCUGUAUCCUAGCAACCAGCGGAUGGCAGUACUGCAUUUACACUCUUGACACCCGUCUGUGUUUGUUUCCAUUCCUCUUUUUUUUUUUUUUAUUUAAUGUGUUUUAUUUAUUUUUUAUUUUUGCAUUUUUUAUUUUUAUUUUGGAAGAUGAUAAAAGACUGCUGUCCAUUUAGGCUUGUGUUUUUUAAACUUGUCAGACGGGUUUUGGUCAAACAUAACUUUUUUUCUUGUUUAUUUACACAAAAUCUUUGAAAAUUCACUUACUAUGUAAACCCAGUUGAUUCACUUAAGCAAUUUAAGCAGUCUGACUGUGCUUACAAAUGCAUAUAUACAAAAAAAAAAACACGCACACACUUUCAAACACAUAUUUGCACUGGUGAGGUGCACCAGGGCUCUGUACUCGGCCCUCUUCUGUUUUCUUCCAGUCUAAAUCGAAGGAGGGAUUUAGUCUCAAACGCCUCACUGACGACACUGAGAAUUAAAAAUAUUUACAAUCAAAAAAUCUUCAUUCGUACUGGAUAGCUAGAAUCAUAUCGUGAUGUUGUGUCAUAGGAGCUGUCUUCAGGAAUGACUCUUAUUUUAGCUAGUUGUGUUUUUGUGAAUUGUUUCGGGGGUUGCUUUUGUCAGUUUGUGUUUUGUAAGUUGUUGGUUAGUGAGACGUUGUAGGCACUAAAAUACACAUUUCACAACAGUCGUCUUGGCUUCUUUCACAAUGCAAACGCUGCACGCCGUCAGCUGUAAUUCACAGAGUUAUAAAUGUAUAUAUUUUAGAGUAUUUAAUGUUCAGAAUAUCUCUGUCUGUGACUAAUGAAAGUUUAAGAAAACACUUCUAGCUUGAAUUUCUCAAAGUAAAUCUCAUGAAGAAAUGUACUUUUUUCAGCCCCAAAUCAAAUGAAAAUAAAUUAUAUUUUGCAUAAAAAAUAAAACCUAUUUAUUUAUUUUUUUUCGUUGGCAUUUUGACAUUAUUUUCCUAACAAUUAAGCUCUUUUUUCCCCACAUAAAUUGUUAUUACUGUAAUGUGAAAUAUAAAUCUCACUCUUAUUACUGAAAAUAAUAAGAUUUAUUAAAAUCAGUUUAAAGUUAAAAUAAAAUCAGCUCACACUAAAAUCAGUACAAUACCAUGAUUGUACCAAUAUCAAUGCCAAUUCCUCACAUUCUGCAUACAAAUAUUUUUACAUAAAAAGCGUUAAUUAAAAAAUCUCUUUUGCUUAAGUAAAGCGAAUACAUAUUUUCUUUGUUUAUAUACAAAAUCAACAUUAAAUUAAACAAAUUCCUUUUUUCACUUUGUAAAUGUGCUUUCCAAUCAUUAAUAAUAUAUUAAUAUACAUGUAUUUUUCACAUUACAGUAACCUGCUGUGAAAUGGAGGAGUUCUGCAGUUAAUGUGUUUAAUUAAAAUUUAAGACUUAAAAAUAGGCUUCAUUCUCUUUAUGCAAAAUAUUAUUUCUUAUUUCUUUCUUUUUAUUUUGUGGUGAAAUCUGACCCGGACUUGUUCUGGACAAACUUCAUGAGAUUCGCCCCCUCUCUAACUGGGUGUCCAUUAUUAACACAGUAAAAGUAUUGAGUAUCAGCACACUCACGAGUUCAGGCAUGUCGACACUUUUUACAAGUUUGGCUGGAAAAAAAAUAAAGUGGAAUAAAAAAUACGUUCCACUACUGCUGCUGUCAGAGAAAUCACAGUUUAUUGCUAUCUUACUCUGAGCUCAUGUGUGGAAACGUGUUGAUACUCUGUUCGUCUGUCAAUGUUUAUCUGAAAAUCGAGCGUUUAAAGGUGUAGUUCACCCAUAAAAUCAAAUUCUCUCAUAAUUUACUCACCCACAAGUCAUUCCAAACCCAAAGGGUGAAUAAAUAACUACAGAAUUUUCAUUUUGGGGUAAACUAUUCCUGAAAUGAAUCUUGUCUGAACUUUCAAUCUUGGAAACCUCUACUGACACGGACACAUAUCAGGACACGGAGGUGUGUGUGUGUGUGUGUGUGUGUGUGUGUGUGUGUUUCUUAUGAUGUCACUUUUAUGUGUCUGUUUAGACUAAUGGAAAAGUCCUUGAACGUCCCGUGAACUGACAGAAAUCCUAAUCAUAGAAUGAUUGAUUUUUGUCACUGCAUAUAUUAAUGGUUUUCUGUCUCUCUCUGCUGUGAAACAUUCACGCUUUCUGCAUUGCACAGGUCUAUCAGGGACGAAUUUGGUGUGGCUGGUCGUGCAAAUGGAAAUAAAAAAAAUUGCUUUAUCUAAAUAUUAGAUGUGAAAAGACUAAUAAUCUCAUGUAGUCCCAGAUCAUCAAACCAACAGUCGUGUGUGUGCUGUGUGUAUACGUGAAUUGAUGGUACAACAUUCAAUGAAUAUAUCGGGCUGUGCUUUAAUGCUGUGUUUCAGUAUAAAACUUGUUGUGUAGUUGUGUUGAUUAAAGAUAAAUGUGAGAAUCA